AUGUCCUCCUCAGGUACGCGCACGGAUCUCGGCCGGGCUCUGUGCAUCAUCACCGGCGCGUCCAGGGGCUUCGGCCGGGUCGUGGCGAGGCGCGUGUCCGAGCUGCUGAAGCCGGGAUCCGCGCUCGUCCUGGCGGCUCGAUCCGGGGACGAGCUCCGGGCUGCGGCCGCGGAGGUGACCGGGGCGGCUGCAGGUGGAGGCGGCCUCCGGGUGCACUGCGUCCCGGUGGACCUGUCCCUCAGUGACGGGCUGAAGGAGCUGCUGGACACCGUGAGGACAUCCUUCACUGAGGACAUGGAUCACGUGCUGCUGGUUAAUAAUGCAGGCUCUAUAGGUGAUGUCUCCCGUUACAUGAGAAGCUUCACCAACAUGGCGGAGGUGGACUCCUACCUGUCCUUCAAUGUGAGCUCCUCCCUGUGCCUGACGGCCGGCGUCCUGGAGGCGUGUCCCCGGCGCCCGGGCCUGAGGCGCAGCGUGGUGAACAUCACGUCGCUCUGCGCCCUGAAGCCUCACUGCUCCUGGGUGCUGUACUGCACCGGCAAGGCGGCUCGGGACAUGAUGUUCCGGGUGCUGGCGGAGGAGGAGCCGGACGUCCGGGUGCUCAGCUACUCUCCAGGACCUCUGGACACUGACAUGUUCACGUUGGCCAGAUCCAGAACAGCUGAUCCCGACCUCAGGAAGUCUCUCUCAGACAUGUUCGCUCAGGGGGGGGUGCUCACCUGCGACGAGUCCUGCACCAAGAUGAUGAAGCUGCUGCUGGAGGACCAGUACGUCUCCGGAUCCCACGUCGACAUCUACGACGUCUAGAGCCGUCAGCUGACCUGUGAUCUCAUGUGCCUUGGUCCCGACUCUGACACAUUUCCAGUGUGUUGUAAUGUGCAUCCUCACCACUAGAUGUCGCCAAAUCCUACGAACUGAACCUUUAACAGUUCACUGCCGAUCUAGUUUGAUGGUGUGCAGCCUUUGUUACAUAAAUGUGAUUAAAUCAAGUUUGUUAAAUUUUUCUUCAAUACAUUCCAGAAGAAUAGUUAAUUGCCUGACCUGCCACUAGGGGGCCAUGGUUAACUUCAGUGCCUGUGAUGAUAGAGAACGUAGAUUGAGACGAUAAAGGUAGAAAACACAAAGAGGCUCAUUUCCAGAUAAGCUGUUGACUUCAAGUGUUCUCAGGUCCUGCCACUCGGCAGCCAUCUUGUUUUGUGAUGUGUAUGUGUUGUUAUGUUAUAAACAGUAAACGAGCUGUGAUCACGACCGUUUUAUAAACUUGAUAUUUCUGAAAUAAACCAAAAGAAGCUAAAUACUCA